ACAUGUCUGGUCAUAUCCGGAGCAUUCAUAAUGGCAUUCAAAGCUGUGAUCGUUGUGUUGUCCGUCUUCCUCCUUGUGGCCGCUGCCAUGGCCAGCCCCAUGCCCGACCCUGGCUAUGGUGGCUAUGGUGGAGGAUAUGGCGGCUAUGGUGGCGGCUAUGGCAGCGGAUACGGCUAUGGCGGCGGAUACGGCCAUGGUGGUGGAUACGGUCAUGGAGGUCGUGGAUAUGGCGGCUAUGGUGGUUACGGCGGUGGAUACGGUUAUGGUCAUGGUCGUUAAAGGUCAACAACAAAAGAAAACACAAAAUCCUGAUAAAAAAUUUUGUUUAUUUUAUUUUAUUUUAUUUUCUCUAUUAUUUCCUCUUUUAUUAUUUAUCAACUUCCUCAUUUAUUGUAAGACUCGACUUUGUAUAUGUGAAAUAAAAGUCACUGAUUA